AUGGCCACAGACCACCAGAGUCCUGCAUCCAAGCAGCAGCAGCCAGGCACCAGUGCAUUUAAGCUGGUUAUCUAUGAGCAGGAAAACUUCCAGGGACGCUGCCAUGAGCUGACUGGUCCCUGUAACAACCUCCAGGAAGUAGGCGUGGAUAAAGUGGGCUCCAUACUGGUGCUGUGUGGACCAUGGGUGGGAUAUGAGCAGGCCAACUGUAAGGGGGAGCAGUAUGUGUUUGAGAAGGGGGAGUAUCCUCGCUGGGAUUCCUGGACCAACAGCAGGCGUAGUGACACCAUUGUUGCAUUCCGCCCCAUUAAAGUGGACAGCCAGGAGCACAAGAUUGUCCUUUAUGAAAACCCCAGCUUUGCAGGGAAGAAGAUAGAAAUCAUAGAUGAUGAUGUCCCCAGCUUUCACGCACAUGGCUACCAGGAGAAGGUCUCUUCUGUUCGGGUCCAGAGUGGCACCUGGGUGGGCUACCAGUAUCCAGGCUACAGAGGCUAUCAGUACCUAUUUGAGAAGGGGGAGUACAAGGAAAGCACUGAUUUCGGAGCCCAGAUUCCUCAGAUCCAGUCAGUCCGGCGCAUCAGAGACAUGCAGUGGCAUCAGAGGGGUGCUUUUCACCCUGUCAACUAAGCUCGUGACUCUUUCCUGUCUUCCGGCAACAAACCCCUUGACCUUCAUUUACCACCACCAUGCAGCACUUUGAUAUCAGCUGUUUCAGUAGUGACAUUCUUUGAAGCAAACUAAUAAAUCCUCAUUGCUUACAUUUCA